AGAGAAGAUUAGCUAAUGUUGUGUUUUACUUUAGAAAAAUAUACAAAUAGUAUAUUUAUGUUAUGCUCUAAGUAUUUAGAGAGCAAUGUGUAGCCUGUUGAUUGCUGAAAAUAAACGUGCAGAGGCGUAGUUUUACGGCAAACAAGUGACCAUGUAUAGUUGUAAAGUGUAUGUAAAGAGAUACAGAAUUGCAAAAACAUGCAUCGAUAGGUCGUGUCGAUGCGCCUUGAACACUGAUUGCAUUUCGUCUGGUCUUAGAGGGGGUUAGUAUAGUGUCGCAAAAAUCGUAACUAAAUAACUUAAAAGAAACAAUUCUGCGGCCUUACAGUGGUACGAAAUGAAAGUGGGCAAAGUUGAAGUUUACCUUUACCAUGACAACCACUGAAUACUGCUGCCCCAAACGCACAGGGGAAGGUGGGCAUCGUUCGCAAGCUUCUUUGCUCCUUUGAUCGCUGUCAUUGAGAUUCCAUCCAUUAUCUAUCGAUCGAUGGAAAAUCAAGAGCAUCGAAAUCGCUGGGCACCAGUGCUCCCUGUAAUCGGGAAGGUGAGUCACCACAGCAUCGGCUUGGACUGGAGCAGAGGGCGCGGGUCCCGGACCGGACCGCCGGAGAGCUGGACCCGCUUCUCCCUGGAGGUGGAAGAUAACAAAACGCACGCCUUUGAUACCGUAUACAAGGGCUAUGGCACCACGCACACUGUGGCAGGUCUGAAGCCGAGUACCACCUACAAGUUCAGGAUAAAAGUGGGCAAUCUUUCUGGGGGGUGCACCUACAGCUCCAUCGUGUCAGUUUCCACGGCCGGAGAACCACUGAAUGGGAAGGACCUCCAUCAGGCUGUCAACAUGAAUGACCAGGAGCAGUUGGCCAAGGUGCUGCAGUCUGGCACCAUCGAUGUGGACGUCCCAGACAGAAUGGGCUUCACUCCUGUCAUGGUUGCCGCCCAGAAGGGAUAUUUUAGUUUAGUUCAGAUUCUGGUGCAGCGUGGUGCAGAUGUGAUGAGGAAGAGCAGCGAUAGGAAGGACAGCCUGACCCUGGCAUGCUUCUCUGGCCACCUGGAGGUGGUGAAGUACCUGAGGGGGUGCGGUGCCCCCUGGACGUCCCGGGAAGGCGGGGGACUCACGGCGCUUCAGGCUGCUCUGCACGGGGGCCACCUGCCUGUCAUCGCGUACAUGAUCCAGGAUGGCUGUGAGGUAGACGGGAGGGACGGCGUUUCUGGAUGGACGCCCCUCAUGGAGGUCUCGGCGGUCUCGGGGAACGUGGCUGUGGCGGCACUUCUCAUCAACGCGGGGGCGAGCGUCAACGCCGCGGACAGGAAGGGGAAGACGCCCCUCAUGGUUGCUGUGCUGAACGACCACCAGGACCUGGUGAGCCUUCUGCUACGUAACGGAGCAGACCUAAGUGUGAAAAAUGAGUUUGGCUCCAGUGCUGCAGAAAUGGCAAGAGCGUUUGACAGACAAAAAAUUUUACACAUGUUGGAAGAGAAGGAAACAUGUUAGGACAAGGCAGCAGUGUUGUGUCCUGGCCGCCAAGUCCACCUGACCUUCCUGUCUCCUCCCUAGCGUCACCCUAACAAGCCACACCUUUUACUCUCUUGUCUUACCUCUUGUUCCUAAGCCUCAUGUCAAUCACUCCAGCUGCCUCUCAUUAGCUCCCUUCGUUAGUCUCGUGUAUAUACGUGCUUCCCGGUCCUGUGUUCCCCAGUUUGGUCAUUGACGAACCUCCUUGUUGCCAGUGCCCUCCCUAAAUUCCAGCCCUUUCGUUUGGUCCCUCGCAGUCCAGUUCACUUCCAUAGCUAGUUCAUUUAAGUCCAAAAUAAACCCAUUUUGUUUUGCUACAACCCCUGCCCUCAAGUCCUUCGUCCCUCGAGUCAUGACAAAUAGUGGAUAAAAUGUUUUUGUUAUAUUGUCCAUUUAUAAAAUGUUUUUUAAUUACAUGGUUAAUCGAUUAUUCAGAGUAACACUAGACUGUAUUUAAUAGUUAUUUAGAUCUGUGAAUGAUUAAAAAGAUUAAAUGAAAUGUCUAUUAAAUUGCUCUUUAAACGUCA